AUGGAAGAAGAUGAACAGACGGGUUACCGUAUGACUACGCGUGGAAUUACGAGGCAAUAUGUGGAUUCACCUGUUUCGGGACACAUAGAUAGCACCCCCAGCUCGAUGAGCUUGUCACACGUCUCCUCGGAGGAUGAACAACAGCAUUCCGAAUUUCAUAUGGAGUCAUCAACAGACUCGUUGUUUCGAACACCAACGCUGAGCACACGUGGUCGAAAACGUCGAUCAUAUGAGGAAGGUGUCGCCGUAUCGCUUGAAUCACCAACCACUAGUAGACGAGGGCGUCCCCGAGGCAGUUCGCGGGCUCGAGGUGUUAGUCGUCGCACAAGCGGCACAUAUUCUCAGGAAGAUGCCGAUGAAAGCAGUCUUCUCAGUAUGGUUAAAAGUGGCAAAAAUUUACAUACAGUAAUUGAUAACUGGAUCGAAGAAUAUGAGAGGCAUCCGGAUAAUGCUCUUGUACAAUUACAACAGUUCUUCAUCUCAUGUUGUGGAUGCAAGGGAAUUAUUUCAUCUGUUAUGCUACAAACUAUGGAGUAUAGUGAAAUAAUUCGUCAGAUGACUGAUCAGUUUGAUGAAGAUACUGGGGACUAUCCUUUGGUUAUGCCAGGACCUCUGUGGAAGAGAUUCAAACAAACGCUUGCUGAUUUUGUUUUGCUUUUGGUUAACAAAUGUAAAUCGAGUUAUGUAUUUGAUCAACGGCUGAUGGAUGGUGUUAUUCAACUACUCACUGGUCUGGCUGACAGCCAGGUGCGCGCAUUUCGACAUACAUCUACAUUUAUAGCGAUGAAAUUAUCAUCCGCACUUGUAGAUGUUGCUUUGGAGUUAGUGGAUCUUAAAGCGAAGAAUAUAAGACAGGUUGAAACUGAAAAAGCGAAGUUAAGGGCCGAAGGACCAAACAGUCGUCUUGAUAUAUUAAUCAAUAAAAAGGCCGAAAUCGAUGAUAAAACCGAGGAUAUCAGGCAGAUGCUAACCUAUAUUUUUAAAAGUGUCUUUGUGCAUCGCUAUCGUGAUGUUGUACCAGAUAUCCGAAGUAUUUGCAUAAAUGAACUUGGUCAGUGGAUGUCGAUCUACCCAGACCAUUUCCUUGAAGAUUCAUAUCUUAAAUAUAUCGGCUGGUCUUUGUAUGAUAAGAUUAGCGAUGUGCGUUUGAAAUGUAUUUUGGCACUUCUUCCACUGUACAGCCAGCCACAUAUGGCACAGAAAUUGGAAUUGUUUACGAACAAGUUCAAGGAUCGCCUUGUUACUAUGGUCAUGGAUAAGGAUAGCGAUGUCGCAGUACGCGCAUGUCAGUUGUUGACAGAAAUCUAUCGUAUUUAUCCAGCGACUUUGACAUUAAAAGACUGUGUACCCAUUUAUGAGAUGGUGUAUUGUAAUCAUCGCGGUCUGGCUCAGGCUGCUGGGGAGUUUUUAAAUACAAAAGUAUUCCAAAAUCUGCAAGUGCUUGUGCCAGAGAAAAACCGUUCUAACGACAAUGCAAAGCAAUUAAUAAUUGAUCUGGUUCAAUUCUUUGUGGAAGGCGAUUGCCAUGAUCAUGCGGCUUAUCUUGUUGAUGCUCUUAUUGACACUAAUCCAAUGAUCAAAGACUGGAAAACAAUGGCAGAUUUGUUACUUUCUGGCGAAGCCGAUGGUUUCGAAAGUGAGCUGAUUGAAGUGUUGGUGUGUUCUGCAAAACAAGCAGCUUCUGGUGAAAGUCCAAUUGGACGAGCUCAUAUAUCCAGGAAAGGAUCGGUUGUCAAUAAAGAUGUUCGCUUGUUGCAAGAGGACAGAGCUCGACUUUCAGAAGUGCUAAUUCCCCAAUUACCACAACUUCUUCAGCGUUUUAUAGCUGAUCGAGAUAAAGUGGCGAACCUUAUCACUGUACCACUCCAUUUUCAACUCGAUAUGUACAUGGCUAGUAGGCUGGAGAAGCAUCUAGAUGAGUUGAUGAGUAUUUUGGAAAGCAUCGUUGAAAAACAUGCGGAUGAUGAAAUUCUUCAAUGCGUUGCAGAAGUAAUGUCUUACUUCACAACCAAUGUUGCUGUGGCACAACAUACAGAAACACAUCAUCUGAAAAUGUUGGAUGGUUUGGCUUUACAGCUUCGGCAUUCCAUACAGCAUUUUCAUCGAGAACAAACAGUGGAUGAAGAAGACGAUGCUGCCAUGCUCGCAGCUUUUCGUAAAAUUACAGCUUUUGCAAUGUUCGAAGAUUUAAAAAAGUGGCAGUUAUGGGAUGUCGCACUCAGUGUGCUGACAAAUGCAGAAGAUAAACAAGUUUCGCGUGAUGUUGGCGAAAAAGCUGUUGUUCUACUGUUUGCCACUCUAAGCUGGGAUAUAAAUCGUUUGGUUACUGAACAGGAACCAAAUAAAACGGAGGCGGUAAAGAAAUUGCGGAAGCAUAGGGAUCAAUUCACUGCAUUGGUUACAUCAAUAAUGAUGAGUGGUGCAUCGGGUGUUGAAAAUGCAUUCUUGUGCUUUGUCGAUGCUUUAAUGAUGUUCAAUGGACUACCCGAUAAAAGCUUGUCAAUUGAAUUGAACAAGGACAUUACGCGAGCACUUUCAAUGUUUGUGGAAGAUAACGUUUUUGUGGAAGAGAACGAUGCAGAACGGUCCUUGGAUCAACAGACACAAGUGGAAUUGAUGCACAAGCGGCGAAAAAUACUAGUUCAAUUUUGCAAGCUGAUAUUGCAUGGUAUCCUUCCAAUUUAUGAAGCCUGCGUAGUGUUACAAUUCUAUACGAAGUUCUAUACCGACUUUGGUGAUAUUUUAAAAACUUUACUCACAAAAUGUCGCGAUAUGGAUCGGUUGAGCUGCGCAAGAGCGGUAGCAACAGCACUAUGUCAUCAUUAUGAGGAAAUCAAGCGAGCUUCGGAAGGAAAUUGUAUCGAUCCAAAUUCGGAUGAUUUUAUUUCAAUUCGUGAUUUGGCAAAACGUUUUUCUAGUUUGUUUGGUUCCGAUCCGAUUAAAAGCCGUGAAGCUUUGGCUGUUAUUCAUAAGGAUGGCAUUGUGUUUGCCCUGAAAAACGAUGAAGGCAUAACCCGAGAUAUUCAGCAUACAAAUCUAAGCUUUCUCGAGAUUUUGUGCGAAUUUAGUAACAGAUUGCUACGACAGGACAAAAUUUCUGUUCUCCGAUAUUUGGAAAAACACGGUGAAACAUUUGCUAAGGAAGAGCCCUAUAUGAUUUACAAAGCCUCUUUACAGGAACGUAAUGACGACGUAUUGACUGUUCGUAAUCUCGCUGUACGUGGACGGAGUCGUGGUCGCGGACGAGGAAAGGGUACGCCAACGUAUACACCAGCAGCAUCUGUUUAUGGAGGCGACGAUUAA